UUCUUCUUCGACAAUGGAAUCGGUAUCGUCACGCGGCGGAGAAGCCGGCGUAAAAAACCUCGAACCGUCGAUUGCGGCAUGGCAUUUCCAGAUUGCUGUCUAUUUCGCCUUCGGAUUCUUCUUUUUGAGGCUCGUCCUCGAUAGAUUCGUCUUUCAAAGGAUCGCUGUUUGGCUUCUGAGUACCGGUUCUGCUCCGAUGAAAAUGAAUGAUGCGACUCGGGCCAAAAUCGUAAAAUGCAAGGAGUCUUUGUGGAAACUCUUGUACUAUGCUGCUUGUGACAUCUUCGUUCUCAAAGUCGUCUUUCACGAGCCGUGGGCCAUAGAUAUAAAACUCUACUUUGACGGCUGGCCAAAUCAAGAGUUGACGCUUCCAAUAAAGCUUUACUAUAUGUGCCAGUGUGGGUUCUAUAUGUAUGGUGUUGCUGCGUUGCUUGCCUGGGAGACAAGAAGAAAAGAUUUUGCUGUUAUGAUGUCUCACCAUGUGAUUACCAUCAUCCUGAUUGGCUACUCAUACCUAACGAGUUUUUUUCGAAUUGGAGCAAUCAUCCUAGCCCUUCAUGAUGCAAGUGACGUGUUUAUGGAAAGUGCUAAAAUUUUCAAGUACUCUGAAAAAGAAUUUGGAGCAAGUGUGGGUUUUGCACUUUUUGCUCUCUCUUGGCUAUUGCUACGGUUAAUAUACUUCCCGUUUUGGAUCAUCUGGGCCACGAGCAUUGAGUUACUGGAUUAUUUGGAUAUGACGUCAGCUGAAGGCACGAUCAUGUACUAUUCCUUCAACACAAUGUUACUGAUGCUUCUUGUUUUCCACAUAUAUUGGUGGUAUCUCAUUUGCGCCAUGAUCGUAAGACUACUUAAAAACAGAGGAAAAGUGGGAGAAGACAUUAGAUCUGGUAAGGCUUUUAUUCAGAGGAUGAUGAGUAGGCUUGCAAGCACGAAAGAUACGGAACAUGUUUCCACUUCUCCAACAAACCCUUUAGCUGCUGAAGAAUUUGUUCUCAGCUUCAUUACCAUACUGAUUAGAGUUGGAGGU